UAUAAGUACUCUCAUCAAUUCAAUAUUCUCUACAAGUUUCCAAUUAUUUACUUAUAACUUACAAGGGGUUGAUCAUGGAGGGAGAAAAGUUUCAACAGAAGAAGAUUAUAGGUCUAUUGAAGCGCUCGAGAUUGCUCGAAUUAGCGGCUGCGGAUGAUCUUUCCGCGUUUGUAUCUGAUGCUGAAGAGAAGGGGAUCGGUGUUGACGAAUUCGGAUUUUGGUACGGAAGGAGGAAUUCGUCGAAAUUAUUAAUGGGUUUCGAAGAACGAACCCCAUUAAUGAUUGCUUCCAUUUAUGGAAGCAUUCGGGUAUUAAAAUUUUUAAUUGGGAGUAAGAAAAUUGACGUCAACAAACCCUCCGGUACGGACGGCGCAACUGCUCUUCACUGCGCCGCUGCCGGAGGGUCUGUGACGUCAGUCGACGUAGUGAAGAUGUUGAUUGAAGCUGGUGCUGAUGUUAAUUUAACCGAUGGAAAUGGGAACAAACCAGGUGACUUGAUUGCUCGUGGCAUCAAAUCGUCGAUUCGAAAAGGCUUGGAGAUGUUUUUGAAGGGUUUUGUUAUGGAAGAAGCUGUUGCGGCGAAAAAGGAAUACCCGAUUGAUGUACCGUUUCCGGAUAUAAACGGUGAAUUAUAUGGUUCCGAUGAGUUUCGGAUGUAUACGUUUAAGGUAAAGCCGUGUUCGAGGGCUUACACUCACGAUUGGACGGAGUGCCCGUUUGUUCACCCGGGCGAGAAUGCCCGCAGGCGUGACCCAAACAAGUACAACUACAGCUGCGUCCCGUGCCCAGAGUUUCGCAAAGGAAGCUGCGCUAAUGGCGAUGCUUGCGAGUAUGCACACGGGGUGUUUGAAUCAUGGCUCCACCCAGCUCAAUACAAGACACGGUUAUGUAAAGAUGAAACAAGUUGUGGGCGAAAAGUAUGUUUUUUCGCGCACAAAGUGGACGAGUUGAGGCCUUUGUAUGCCUCAACUGGUUCAGCUAUCCCUUCACCAAAACCAGGGUCUGCGAGUUCAACUGAAUUGGGCUUAAUGAGCCCAAUUCAAAACUCGAGCCCAAUGGUUAUUGGUUCCACCCCACCCAUGUCACCAUCUUUAUCUCCGGUGACUGGGUGGCAAAACAAGUUAAACCAUUUGUCACCGCCGGUUCUACAACUUUCCAGUAGUCGUCUGCGCACCGCUUUGAACGCCCGAGACUUCGAGUUACAAAAUUUAAGAACUCAACAACAAAGGCAACUAAUGGUUGACAACUUGUCUUCAAACCUUUACACCAAUAGGUUUGGGGAAUUAAACUCUUCAAAUCUUGAUAAUGUUUCGGGUUACAUAUCCUCUCCAAUAAGAAAACCCACAAAUUUUGCAUUCGAAUCAUCGGCUGCAGUUGCACAGGCCGUAGUGAACUCGAGGUCCAGCGCAUUCUCGAAACAACGCAGUCAAAGCUUCAUUAACCGUAGUUCAGCAGGUGCGGGUGCCGGUGCAGGAUCAGGAGCCAUUGGUUCACCAUUUUCGCAAUGGGGUUCGCCUGAUGGGAAGCUAGAGUGGGGGUUCAAUGAAGAAGAUGCUAAUAAGUUCAAAAAAUCAGCAUCUUUUGUGUACAGAAAUGAUUCACGUGUGAAUGUGGAUCAUCAGCCAGAUGCUUCAUGGGUUGGAGUUGGGUUGUAUAGCUCGUCGGAGAAACAGCGAUACGGCGGCCACGGUGGCGGUUACGGUGGUGGUGGCGGCGAAGAGAAACUGCCCCAAUGGAUGGAGCAGAUGUUAAUAGAGCAGGAGAGGUUGGUAGCAUAAAAACAAAGGCAUUGUUUUGCCAAUACUUCAUUAUAACAAAGUAGAUUGUUUUUAUUCUUUUAUUUUAGUUUUGUUUUGUUUUGAUGUAAUUCUUUUCCAACCCUAGACUUUCUUUAAAAGGGGUUUUAACUACAUACUUAUGAAGUAAUAAUAUCUUUGAUGUGAUUC